UCAAAAUGUCACAGAAAUUGUCAAACAUUGUUGUUGGUUUUGGCUACGCUUAAUAUUUUCUAAUUUCUUGUUUGUACGUUUAAGAAAUUUUAUUAAAGAACUAAUAUGAAAUAGAAAUUGUGACAGCAAGCAGCCUUUAAAUCAUGUAUCGGAGUGGAGUAGUGUAUGUUUAGUGUGUCGAAAUAAUCUGGAGCUUACAAAACUCCAAAAUGAAGUCUUUCAAGCUUAUUGUCCACCAAUCCAGUUUCAGUCCUAUGGACAUGAUCAUCAAUAUAAAAGACUACCCUGGCCUGAAAGAAAAGGAUAUUGUUGAGAUAUAUCAUCCGGAAAAUGAUUACCCUCGCCUGUUACUACAAGUCACUAGAGUGGAUACACCAGGACGAGGAAGAGACACCAUCAGUGUGGAACAGAGCAUAGCCACAACUUUCCAGUUGAGAACAUUUGCAGACGUCUAUGUGAACAUAGUCAAUGUGGCCGAUGUGGCUCUGGACUCUGUGGAGCUCACAUUUAAGGAUCAGUAUAUGGGGAGAUCAGAAAUGUGGAGAUUGAAGAACAGCUUGGUAAGCACUUGUGUGUACUUAAACAAAAAGAUUGAAUACUGUGGAGGUGCCAUAAGAUGCCAAGUUUACGAGAUGUGGUCUCAAGGCGACCGAGUGGCUUGCGGCGUCAUCACUGAAGAUACCAAGAUCGUGUUCAGAUCUUCAACGUCCAUGGUCUACCUGUUCAUACAGAUGUCUUCUGAAAUGUGGGACUUCGAUAUACAUGGUGACUUGUAUUUCGAAAAGGCGGUUAACGGAUUUCUUGCAGACCUUUUUGCUAAAUGGAAGAAAAAUGGUAGUAAUCAUGAAGUGACAAUAGUGUUAUUUUCAAGAACGUUUUAUAAAGCUAAAUCUUUGGAGGAAUUCCCUCAACACAUGAAGGAGUGCUUACAAAAAGAUUACAGAGGCAGAUUUUAUGAAGACUUUUACAGGGUGGCAGUUCAAAAUGAGAGAUAUGAAGACUGGUCGAAUGUUCUCCUACAGUUGCGAAGAUUAUUCACUGAUUAUCAAAAAAUCGUGUUGCAAUAUCACGAGAGACCGAACUUGGAGAUUCCGACGGCAAUUAACUCUACAGCAGCUCAAGGAAACUUUCUCGAAGUUUUGAAUAUGAGUUUAAAUGUAUUUGAAAAACAUUAUUUAGACAGAUGCUUCGACCGUACUGGACAACUCAGCGUAGUUAUAACACCAGGUGUCGGAGUUUUCGAAGUCGACAGAGAACUAACGAACGUUACAAAACAACGAAUCAUAGACAACGGUGUUGGCAGCGAUUUAGUUUGCGUAGGAGAACAACCUUUGCACGCCGUACCUCUUUUAAAAUUCCACAACAAAGACAACAAUCUCAACUCUAUAGACGAUUACUCUAUGCCCCAUUGGAUUAACUUAUCUUUCUAUUCUACAAACAAGAAGGUGGCAUAUUCAAACUUUAUUCCUAGAAUCAAAUUGCCUCCAAGGAAAAGUCAGGAGCCUUUGAGGAAAAUGUAUGAAGAUGAACGGAAAGGGAAGUUGUUGAAGGAAGAUGAAUAUAUGCAUAAUUCUAUAUUUGAUUAUGAUGCAUACGAUGCACAAGUUUUCCAGUUGCCUCCAGCACAUAGCACAUGUGUACAAAGAGUGACGCGUACAAAGAAAACGUCAGUAGCUGGUUUAGAAGGCAUCAGUAGGCGAAGUCCUCCCACAUCCAGUUUACAUCACAGGAAGAUGUCGGACCCUGAUAUACAUCAUACUGUUGCGGACAUACUGGCUAGUGGCAACAAACAAGGAGCAUUCGACACGAACAGUGACGCAACUGAUUCCCCGCUCUCAAGCAACAGACUUUCUCCACGAAGUUCCAUAUCUUCUCACAAACCAGUGAUCAGGACCGGACGAGCUCUCAUCAAUCCUUUCGACCCUUCCCAUGUUACUGUCAAGUUGACCAGUAAUAGACGACGGUGGACACAUAUAUUUCCUAAAGGUCCGACGGGAGUGUUAAUACAACAGCAUCAUUACCAAGCGAGGCCGGCGGGAGAGCCCGCGUCGAGGACCGAAGACCAUCGCAUUGAAAACAAUGUGCCUAAGGAAAAUGGAUCAUCCAUCAUCAAUAAUAAUCACUCUAUUUAUCAAGUUGAUGGUAACGUAAUAGGCCGUAAACGAAUGAUAAGCGCAUCAGGUGCUUUAGCCGUACUAGGCGUCGCUUCAGGCACCCCAUCCACUACCAACAACGCGUCGCUAGCGCUACUAUGGGGCGCCACGGGUGAACAGGAGUGGACGCCCGCCCUUACUACAGCGAACCGAGCUAUAGGUGUCGACUGGAAAUCGUUAACGAUUCCGGCGUGUUUGCCGAUUACCACGGAUUAUUUCCCGGACAAGCGGUCUCUACAGAACGACUAUUUAGUAUCCGACUAUAAUCUUCUGCCGGAUGACGUGAACGCCGAUUUUGCACAGAACAGAGCAAUUUAUAAAGAACCUUUGACUACUAUGGAGGUUUUCAAAGAAUUGGUGUCACAGAGAUUGGCUCAGGGUUUCCAACUAAUAGUAGGAGUAAACGAGAACGAAGUGAUAGAAGCUCACUGCCCAUCCACGGCAGCCCCCCCGCCGUCGAAGGUAGCCCCUCAAUGUGGCAAACCCGCCAACGUAGCCCCCACUAAACGGUACCUGCUCUCUAUAGGAAGAAUCUUCCAUAAACUCACGCUGGUUGGAUCUACCAUCACCGUUACUAGAUAUAGACCCAGACAUCCCUACCCGCCAUUCAACAUCCACUACCGCUACCGUUUCCACGCGCCAAACCACGAUACAUACGAAGUCUCCUGGGUUUCCUUCACCACAGAGAAAUUAGAAACUUACAACUGGAACUAUAUGGACCAUUACAUUUGUACGAGAGGGGACACAGAUUUCGCUUUGGCCGAGGUGAUUGUCACGGCUCUCAAAUAUUGGAGGUUCCGUACACUUCUGCUGCCUCUAUACAACCCAGCAACGAAACAAAUAAUGGACGAUAAUAUAAUACACUGCGAUAUAUACCCCACGCCAACCCGCCAUGACCUCGAUCAACUGACAGACGGGUUCCUCAAAAUGACGGAACAGUACUUCAAUAAGGUUAAAAGACCUAACAAGCAAAGGAUGGCGCUGGCGGGCGGCGGCGCGGCCGACGCGCAGCUCACGCGGCGCCGGCACUCCACCUCCAUCCUCACGCGCAGCGCGCAGGGCGGUGUUUCCAACUCGCCGUUCAGGGAGCGUGUCGGGAGCACGCGGCUGCCUGACCGUCCGAGGCUGCGGAUCGAAGCCAUGGCUGCAGCGAAAACGGUUUUAGAAAGGACCCAGUCUCAGACUGGUGAAUGUGACGAUACGUAUGAUGACGGGGUGCCAGAACCGAAACUGAAAGCGACCGCGUCAUUAGCAGAGAUAGUGGAUCGUAUGCGCAGCCCACAGUUGGGCGUGGGCUUCUUACAACAGACUGUCAGCUUGCCGUCACAUACAUUCGUGUCGAUAUACGCCAUACAUUGGCUACAAGCUAACAUGGAAGGCGUGAGUUAUGAGAAAGCUACGUCUAUUAUGGAGAAAUUACUACAGGAAAAAUUGAUAUGUCACGCAUCAGGAGAUACAACAAAACGCUUCGUUGUUGGUUACUACAUGUAUCAUAUCUUGCCACAGAAGAAAGAUAAAGACAAUAUGUCGGACUACGUAAAACCUUUAGGCGAUCUUCAAAGUUUUGAAAACGAAUGGAUGGAAGUCGAAGUCCUAGGUCCGAGAUCCCCAUUGCUCCCUGCCGAAACUCUGAUGGGGGCCAUUGAUAUAUCUGGUACCAGUCCUGUGACUGAUGAUACGGGGGUCCCAGCAUUUUUGUGUGACAAUAUAGAUCCCAGUUAUAUGCAGUUGGGGUCUGAUAGUGAUAUGCCCCUAUACAAGAACACACACUUAGACAUUGAUGUAAGCAACAAGAGUGACCGCAUCGAGUGGGGCCACGCUCGCUACCAGGCCACCUUCCGCCCCGACCAGGCCUACGAGAUGUGCAUACAGUGGGCCGUCGCUAGCGGCAAUAUUGUCGCUGAACUGAUAUUUGGCUGGGCGCGCAAGGCCCAGAGUUGUAGACUGCAAAUGGUGCCGAUACCCGCGGAUCCUCUCGCUCUGCCGUUCACACUGAAGUCUGACCCUUUAAGGGGACCUAUUUAUGUACCGCUUAACGAAGAACCGCUGCUUAGGAGCAAAGUCACCUUGUUCGAAGGUUUCUCCGAAGACACAUGGCUGGAACGUCUAUUCUUAUUUCAAGAGGCUAUCGUGGGUCGUUUCGGCUUCAUCAAGUGUACGGUAGAGAGUACAUCUCACGAAGCAGGCGUAGGAGACCAUUUAUAUGUUCAUGUGACCGGGAACAUGUUUAUACUUAUUCCUACUACAGUGAAGUCGGAACAACGGGCGUUGAGGACUAAACCAGCGAAUAAACCGCUGAAUGCUAGCAGAUACCCAGUUCACCCGGAAGCGGCUCCCAGUCCACAUGAGGGUUACAUUACGAGGCACGUCAGUGGAAAGAAUAAGGACGAUUAUGAUAACAACCGACGGAUGGGUUUCCUCUGGUCGUGGAAUCACAUGAUAUCUAAGAAGUGGAAGUCGUCACUGACGCCGGCUACCGGAGACGAAGGCUUCCAAAUGCGAAUGCUGAGAGACUUCAAGCAUUUCUGCGCUAAUCAAGAACAGAGGCUCAGUCAAUUCUGGGAUCAGUGCUGGGAAAUGCGAGAAAAAGCCCGCGGCAUGCAAUCUUGUUAAUUUAUAAGCCAAAUAUUUAAUUUAGAUGUAUGGAUACUGUUGAAUAUAUUUUAUGAUUUUCCUA